AAUUUGGAUACUGUAGAACUUAUAAGUGAGGUUGAGGUAUUCAAAUAUUUUAACUUGCGGUAUUUACUAGAUGACUACAAGUUGUAUUGAAAUGUUAAGUUCAUAAAUAUACAAGAACUAGAAUAGUGCCUUCGCAAUGAGUAACAUUUACAUUCAAGAACCUCCUGCACUUGGAAAGGUUCUUCUAAAGACAUCAGUUGGUGAAAUAGAUGUUGAGUUAUGGACAAAAGAAGCACCAAAGGCUUGUCGAAAUUUCAUACAGUUAUGUAUGGAAGGAUAUUACAAUGGAACUAUAUUCCAUAGGGUAGUGCCAGGGUUCAUAGUACAAGGUGGUGAUCCCAAUGGUGAUGGCACUGGAGGUGAAUCUAUUUAUGGAGAACCUUUUAAGGAUGAAUUUCAUUCACGUCUGCGUUUCAAUCGACGUGGGCUGGUAGCAAUGGCAAAUGCGGGGAAAGAUGACAAUGGUUCACAAUUCUUCUUUACUCUCGGUGCUACACCGGAGUUACAAAACAAGCAUACAAUAUUUGGAAAAGUUACGGGUGAGACAAUAUACAACAUGCUGAAAUUAGCAGAAGGUCUUAUCGGUCCGGAUGAAAGACCGGAGCAUCCCCACAAGAUAACCAGUACAACAGUAUUGAUAAAUCCAUUUACUGAUAUUGUACCUAGAGUUACAGCUGUUAAAAUAGAAGAACCACCGAAAAAGAAGAAAAAAGAACGAAUUGGUGUCAAAAACUUUGGUCUGUUAUCAUUUGGUGAAGAAGCUGAACAGGAUGAGGAUGAAGCUCAGGAGUACAGAGGGAAGCCGAAAUCAACACAUGAUUUACUUGAAGAUCCAAAGCUAAGCAAGAAAACAGCUGCGGAACUAGAGUUAGAAGAGGAAAGUAUGAAAGAAGAAAUGUCAAACAAGGAUUUAGAAAAGAAAAAAGAAGAAACAGUAGUCGCCGUUAAUAACAUACGAGAUAAGUUAAGCAGUAAGAAGAGAGGAAAAAGUCCUGAAAAUGAGAGUAAUAAGAGAAGAAAAGAAGAUGAUAAUGAUAAAGAGAGUAGUGCAGAAGAAGAAUAUUAUUUAGGCAAAGAAAGAGACAUGGAGAGGUUAAGGGAAAGGGAUCGUAUAAGAAAUGAAAUUCGACAGUUAAAGAAAGAGAUGAAAGAUACCAAAGAAGAUAACAAUAAAGCAGAAGAUUUGAAAGAAGAGAAAAAACCUGAGAAGUCAAUAGAAGAUAAUGAAAUGUAUAAGCAAUUCGUGGAAGAACAGGAGAAGUAUAAAAAAAUUAAAGAAAAGAUACCAAAGAAAGGUGCUGCUCGAAGCAGACGUACGAAAUUUACUAGAAAAACUACACGGAAAAAACCUUGGGUGAAGAAUUUAUAUGAAAAUCGUGACUAUCCUGACAAUUACACUGACCGAAAGUUCUUAGAGGAAUUAAGAAAGAAUUUGUUCGUGGAAAAAGUGACUUUAAAACAAGCGGUGCAAGGUUCAUUUCGUGUCGUUUUACGUUUGUGUUUGUGCGUUAUGUACGCUGUAUUGUACGUUUAUAUGUACAAUAGUUGGAUACAUACAUAUACAGUGAUAAAUUCAUCAGUGGCAGUGUCAAGUGCGUGUUAUAUUUUAUAUGUGUUAUUUGAAGGUAGUGAUUUAUUGAGACAUUUUAAAACCGUCCUUGUGUACUUGGUGAUAGGGUAUCUUUUGUCUCCUAUCUUGCACACUUUGACAGAUACAGUUAGUACAGAUACAAUAUAUGCGUGGGCUGUCAUAAUGAUGUUGGUUCAUUUGAUAUUUUUCGAUUACGACGUACCAGCGGCGCUAGUGUCGCAGUCUUUAUCAAUAAAUGCCGCGAUAUUCGCUUCAGUUUGUCUCGUAUCAAGAUUAUCAACGCCUUUCGAUGCGUUCAUUUUAUUGACUGUGUCUGUGAUAUUUUUUGUCUUAAGCCCUCAAUUAUUUCAAGUAUUUUUACACACGAGACUGUUUCUGGUUUUAUUUUUUAUCGUUUUAUUUCUAACGUUGGUAGGAUUGUAUACGGUGUCGAUUACUAUUUUGUGUUAUUUUGUUAUGUUGGUAGUUGUAAUUAGCGUGUAUUGCCCCAUUGCUUUUGUUAGGUGGCAGAAGUAUAAGGAUAAUAAAUAUGGUCCAUGGGAUGAGGCUGUUAUUGGGGAUUGUGAUGACUUUGACGAUACUUUAUGCAAUUAGUAUUAAUAUAUAAUUGAAAAGUGUUACA